AGGAAGUGAACUUCCUCCCGGGCUUCCGGGUUGGAGUUCCUGCGGCAGCUGAUCUUGUUGUGGAGGUGCGAUGGCCGAGGAUCCUGCGUUGUCUCUCCGGGUCUCGGAGAUUAAGCACCCGGCGGGUCUCUUCGAGCGCUACAAUACCGAGGAGAUCCGCCGGAUCGAACGCAAAGUCCGCGGGGAGAUCGAGCAGAAGAAGGAGGAGCUGAGGCAGAUGGUAGGGGAGCGCUACCGGGACCUGAUCGACGCCGCCGACACCAUCGGAGAGAUGAGGCAGUGCUCGGAAAGCGUCGUCCAGUCCAUCCAGGACAUGCACCAGUACUGCCACAGGCUGAAACAAGGCAAAGCCGGUGUUAGCAGCUGCAGACAGGAGAGCCAGAGGCAAUGGCAGGAGAAGUUCUACACCAUGGCCUCCCAGAUAAAGCUCUUGCUGGAGAUCCCAGAGCGCAUCUGGAGUGCCAUGGAGGCAUCCCAGUACCUGCAGGCCACCCAGCUCUACCUGCUGUGCUGCCACCUGCACAGUCUGCUGCAUCUGGAGACCUCUGCAGCGGGCCACUACAGCCCUGUCCUGGCCCGCUUCCCCAUUCUGGUGCGGCAGGUAGCCACCACGGGACACUUCAGGUCCACCAUUCUGCUGGACAGCAGGUCUCUGCUGCGGGGCCGGGCGGUGUCGGACCAGGCUAUCGCUGAGGCCCUGGUGUCCACCAUGCUGCUGGAGGACAGCUCACCACGCCAGGCCCUGGCUGACUUCCUGUUGGCCCGGAAAGCCUCUAUCCAUCAGCUGCUCAACCAACCACAGCACGGUGCGGGGAUCAAAGCCCAGGUAUGCAGCUUGGUGGAGCUGCUGGUCACCACUCUGUUCCAGGCCUACGCCGUCUUCUAUCUGCCCCCAGAGGGAGGCCCCAGGACAGGGGAGGGAGCCCUGAGCUGUGGCAUGCUCUUCUCUAUCCUGGAGAAUGUUACCUCCACCACUCCUGCAGCUAAAGUCAGGAAGGUGUUGCAGGAAGAGACGAGUACAGGCAGCUGGUUCAAGUACCUGCCUCCCUCCAUCACUGAGUUCCAGCCCGCCCUUCGCACCCUGGCUCAGCCAAUCCAGAGAGAGCAGCUCCGGGACACCCUGCAGCAGUGGAUUGAUACGUGUAAGGAGGACAUUUGCCGUGGUGUCGGCAGCCUUCUCGUCUAUGUAAAGAGCCUGAAGGGGCUGGCAGCCAUCAGAGAUGCAGUCUGGGACCUCCUCUCCACUGACUCCAUCAGUCAGCACUGGAGCUCUGUGUGCCAGCGGCUGCUGGAGCGCCCCCUGGCUGUCUGGGAUGACUUCCUCCAGCAGCUCUUCCUUCAGCGCCUGCAGGCCAUCACCAAAGAAGAAACUGAAGCCAUCUCGGCGAGCUCUGUCCAGCUGCUGACUUCGGCUGUGAGGGAUCUAGAGGGUCAGACCAUCCAUACUUCUUUAGGUACCAACCCUGGCUCCAGCCGCGGGGCCCAGUAUGAGGUAGAUGUGGCCUCCUUCCUGUGGUCAGAGUCUCCAGGGGACCUUCUUAGUGAUGCGGGGUGGGUCAGUGUGACCCAGAGGGGGCAGCAGCAGCAGAGGAGCGGCCUGGCCAUGAAGACUCAGGCUCUGACACCCUGUGUCCAGAACUUCUGCUCUUCCAUGGAUGCUAAGCUGAAGUCCAGGCUGGAUGACCUUCAACACUACCUUCCCUCCCAGGAUACAGGGUCUGACUCCAGCUCAGUCACAGCCUCCUCCUCUGGACCUGCUGAGGUCUCAUCAGCCGCCUCAUUUAACCGCUUCAUGGACUCACCGGCGGUGGAGGAGGCUUUACGUGAAGGCUCCCUGGCCUGUGUCCGUCACAUCCUGUCCUCCAUCCGCUCCGAACUGGCCGCAGCCUCGCCCGACCCCAGCCCCGCCCGCCUCAGUUCGGUGCUUUUCAUGGCCAGGCUGUGCCAGUCCAUGGGUGAACUCUGCCCUAACCUGAAGAACUGCAUCCUAGGAAAACAGAGCGGGUCCGAGGCCACGGCCAAGGGGACCCCCAGGCAGGCCAAGAAGCUGGGCAAAGCCAAGGCCGCCGCAGAGGUCAGCCCUGCCCAGGCCAAGUGGGCAGGUCUGAAGGAGGAGCUUCUCAACUGCAGCAUGGAGGCCUACCGCAUCUGGAGCUCCGCCCUCUCCAAAGUGUUGCUGGAUAAGUUUGGCGCAGUGCUGCAUGCAGAGUCAGCUGGCGCCAUCCUAACAACAGCAACAAACUGGGAGGAUCUGGAGAUCCAAGAGGAGGCGGAGUCCGGGAGCAGCGUCACAUCCAAAAUCCGUCUUCCAGUUCAGCCGUCUUGGUUUGUCCAGUCGUUGCUGUUCCAGCUGUGUGUGGAGGUGAACAGGGUCGGGGGUCACGCCCUGCCUCGGCCCACCCUGCAGGAGCUGCUGCAGGCCUGUCUGGCAAAGGCCCUGCACCACUACCACAGCCUCUCACAGCAGGCCCGCAGCAAGGAAGGAGUGUUCCCCAUGACUCAGAACAGAGCCUUGCAGUUGCUAUUUGACCUUCGUUACCUCAGCACCACACUGGGCAGCAGACUGGAGGAGGGCAAGAGCUCCCGAUCCCAUCAAGACCCCAGAUUCCAUGAGGUCUGUGAUUGGCUAGAGAGCUUCAUCGACCCCUUUGACCUUGACGUGUUCACACCCCCGCUGAACGCCAACCUCAACCGCCUGUCCCAGAGGACCUCGGUGUUGCUGGGGCUGCUGACGGGCUCAGAGAAGCAGUUUGCUUCACGGAGCAGCAGUGUGAACUCCCAGGAGCCUUACAACAUCCUGCCACUGGCCAGCAGCCAGAUCAGGUUCGGACUGCUGCCUCUCAGCAUGUCCAAUGUGCGGAAAUCCAAGUCGGCCACCAGGAGUUCUGAUGCUCCUCACCAGCUGCGUUUCUGAGUGCGAGAAACCCAGGCUCCUCCAUCCUCCACAGCAGACAGUGAGGACAGCUUCCGGCCAGGCAGCCUGUUCAGACAGCUCGCCGAUCAGGACGAAGACACGGCAGCUCCUUCUCUGUUCAAACUCAGCUGGCUGUCUGGCAUGGCCAAAUAACCCUUUAAUGCUCAAGACUUUUUAUUUGCCUUUGCAGAAACUUUGUAAAAAUAAUAUGUAUAAUAAAUAUAAUUUUCUCUUUAGAAAAA